UGUAGUGUUAGCAAGCAAGCUCAGUAUGCAGCUAAAAGCUCCCAAGCUGAUUUGGUAAGGUUCACAGGCUAACUAUAUAGCCCAGCAGAUCCAGUUAAGCCUUUGAAAACACUACAUACAUUUAGAUAUCAAACUGUGUGCACAAAAUGCAUGAACAAUCACCUUUUCUUCAACACAGCAACGAAGUCAUUCAGCCACCCAUGUUCCCGAAGGACAUGUUGUGAAAAGGGGACUGCAGUGGAUGAGGCUUGAAAGGUAACGUUACAGAAUAUUCUAUAAUCAUUAGACAUUGUUUUUUUAAAAAAACAUAUUUUAUACGUUCGUGUGGAUAUGUAUGACAUUCAAAAUCGAAUAAUAUUUUGUCGAAAACUGAAAUUUCUAAUUGUGGAUAUAGUGUUACUGAAUAAAAACUCCGGUGUGACACGAGGGAUGUCUCAGUACCAUUCUAGUGUUUAUCGCUAGCCCCCCCCCCUUUAUUCCAAUAUAAAUAUAAAACGCAAUUGUUUAAUUAUCACUUUUGUUGGUUACUGCUUAUAUUGUAUUUUUGGAUUGACUUUCUCACCCGUGGUUGUUUAUUAUUUUGUUUAAUGCUAUUUGUUUUUUUUUUGUUAAAGUUCUGAUCCGUGGAGUCCCUAUCAUGCACAGCAGAUGGAGAUAUUUCACGAACGAGAUCAUGUCCUUGACCGGAAGUUACUGUUGUAAGCAACAGCUGCUGUGUUUUCAUAUUGUCUCAUAGUAGCUAACAGUAGAAGCUAUGUUAUUUCUCGAUUCUGACAUCAGGUUGUAUUCAUUUCCCAACGAUUGUUUAAAAUAGCACAGGUCUAGCAACUUCUUACCUGGUUUGCUGUGCUGUUCUUUCAACCUUUUAGAGGUGCCUACUAGCAACCUAACGUCAACAAACAAUUAUGUUGCGGGAAGUAAAACAUGUUAAGAUAAAAUCAAAUUGUAUUUGUCACGUGCGGAAUACAACAAUUACCGACUAAAAGGGGAACCCAGACGUGAGCCUACCAGGCUAGCUAAAUGGAGCACCAGCUGUUCUGGAUGACUGUGUGAAAACGCUCUCUGUAGUUGAUGGUGGUGUACUCCUCGGUGCCAUUGGAUGAAUCCCGGAAUAAAUUCCAGUCUGUGCUAGCAAAACAGUCCUGUAGCGUAUCAUCUGACCACUUCCGUUUUGAGUGAGUCACUGGUACCUCCUGCUUUAGUUUUUGCUUGUAAACAGGAAUCAUGGUAUAAUUAUUGUCAGAUUAGCGAGGGAGAGCUCUGUGUGUGGAGUAAAGGUGGUCUGUGGAUUUUUUCCCUUUUGGUUGCACAUGUGACAUGCUGGUAGAAAUUAGGUAAAACGGAUGUAAAUGUGCCUGCAUUAAAGUCCCCGGCCACUAGGAGCGCCGCUUCUGGAUGAGCAUUUUCUUGUUUGAUUAUGGCCUUAUACAGCUCGUUGAAUGCGGUCUUAGUACCAGCAAGUUGCCGAGAACGACUGCAUUGUUUGUUUAUCUAGCUAUCUAACAACUUGCAACGCAAGUAUUACCCGGUCACGUUCAUAUUACCCACCUUGAUGCUGCACACUCUCCCACUGUGGUUCCAGCAACAGCUUCUCCAGAACCUUCCAGCCAGUGGAGGGAAGGAGGGAGUAUGAGACCCCAGCUCCUCGCAGGUUCAACCCAAAUCCCACACUCUGGAACACCACUAAACUCGGGAACACCCAGAACACUACACAGCUGCACAGCUUCAGGACACAGAAUACACCUCACACAGCGCAAGGAAACUUCUGGAGGCCCUCUCUAACAACAGCAGCAGCUUGGCAGCCAGAGGUGUGCAGCAGCAGUUUUAUUGGGGUUGCCAUAGCAACACCCAUCGAUUGCAACCUGCAAACAGUGCAAUCCAGCCUCGCGCUGCCUUUCCUGCUGCAGAGAGCACAGAGACAGUCAGAGAGACGGCAUCCGCCAAGACCAGCAAAACCACAAGCAGCAGCAGCAGAAAGCCCCCCCCCUUCCUCCCUGUGUCUCCAUGCAGUCUCAGGAAGCGGUGGCCAUGGUCCUCCCCCCAGCCAGGCCAACCCCCACCCUGCUCCAGCCGUGCCACUCCAUAUUUGAGGAUGCUCAGAAGGUCUAAGGUCCUCCGGAAGGUCUAAUGACAUGAGAAUGUUUAACCCUCUCCUGCAACAGGGACACCACAGAGGAAGUCAGGAUUAAGAAGACAGUGGAUGCAUGGAUCAACGGCCUGAGUAAGGAUAUCCAGCCCGAUAUUUCAAAAUAAGACUGUGUUGCUCAGAGGAGAGCUAAAGACUUGGUAAAAGAGUCUGCUGCUGCUGCCGUGUUACCCCAGAAAGACAAACUAAUAACACCACCACCUCCAGGCUUAAAGAUGUGAAGACCAUGAUUCAGACUGGUGGGCCUCGUACAGCAGGACGUAAACCCCUGUUAGAGAGCAGCCAGAGGACAGACAGAGCACCGAGGAGCCGAACAAACACACCGCUGGCCCCAAUGUGAGACUGACCAUCUAUCUCAACAGGCGGCCAGCCCAGAGUGGAUGGAUUGGCCCCAGCCCUCCUGUGUCCUCAUAAGUGACCGGCCAGUGAUAGUGACCACCUCCAUGUCCCCCUCCCAACCCAGACCGGCCCCUGCCCCCCAAACCCACCUUGGCUAUCCUAGAGGUGGUCUGAGCAGAGCAGAAGACAACCACAGCUCCAAGUACAAGUUCAGCCCAAUACCAACCCCCAGCCUGAGCCCAGCUCCUCCACCUGCUGCUGAUCCACCUCCAGACAUACAGCUAUGCACCACGGCCCUGUGCUACCUUGCAGAACCCCUACAACCCCACACCCUGUCUUCAGCUCCAUCCAACACAGAGAGACCCUGGAGAACAGGCUGGUCGACUGGCGAGGAGGAUGACAUUGUGUUGCACAGUGGAGCUGAUUUGGAUUUGCCCUAUUGGUAAGCAGUGUUGGCUCUAAAAUGUAUGCCAACAGGCGAUUUAUAAGCCUGUACUUCAUGGUCAUUUUACAGGGAUUUACAGGUAACCGAGCCAGAGGACAGCACUACGUCAGAUAUCGGUGAGAACAGGAACUGGUUACAUAGUAUCCUAUCCCUUAACCGCAUGAUAACCCUUAACCCCUUUACAGAUAUAGCAGGGCGUGGCUAACUUGGUCACGCUAACCCUUACCCAAACCUUAACCCUUACCCGAACUUGAACCCUAACCAUAGCCAUAACCUUUACCCUAACCAUUGCGGGAAAAGCCUUGUGCUGUGCAGGACUGAUAUGUGAGAACUGGUUCCUUUCACUGCACAAGGACUAGUCCUGUUCUGGUCCACCCCAUGCCUGUGGAGCUGAGCCCAGCCACUAGUCCUGUUCUGGUCCACCCCAUGCCUGUGGAGCUGAGCCCAGCCACUAGUCCUGUUCUGGUCCACCCCAUGCCUGUGGAGCUGAGCCCAGCCACUAGUCCUGUUCUGGUCCACCCCAUGCCUGUGGAGCUGAGCCCAGCCACUAGUCCUGUUCUGGUCCACCCCAUGCCUGUGGAGCUGAGCCCAGCCUCUAGUCUUGUUCUGGUCCACCCCAUGCCUGUGGAGCUGAGCCCAGCCACUAGUCCUGUUCUGGUCCACCCCAUGCCUGUGGAGCUGAGCCCAGCCACUAGUCCUGUUCUGGUCCACCCCAUGCCUGUGGAGCUGAGCCCAGCCACUAGUCCUGUUCUGGUCCACCCCAUGCCUGUGGAGCUGAGCCCAGCCACUAGUCCUAUUCUGGUCCACCCCAUGCCUGUGGAGCUGAGCCCAGCCACUAGUCCUGUUCUGGUCCACCCCAUGCCUGUGGAGCUGAGCCCAGCAACUAGUCCUGUUCUGGUCCACCCCAUGCCUGUGGAGCUGAGCCCAGCCUCUAGUCUUGUUCUGGUCCACCCCAUGCCUGUGGAACUGAGCCCAGCCCCUAGUCCUGGUACGGACCACCCCAUGCCUGUGGAGCUGAGCCCAGCCACUAGUCCUGUUCUGGUCCACCCCAUGCCUGUGGAGCUGAGCCCAGCCACUAGUCUUGUUCUGGUCCACCCCAUGCCUGUGGAGCUGAGCCCAGCCACUAGUCCUGGUUGGGACCACCCCAUGCCUGUGGAACUGAGCCCAGCCCCUAGUCCUGGUUGGGACCACCCCAUACCUGUGGAGCUGAGCCCAGCCAGCAUUGAUGCAGACUACAGCAUAGCUGUGGCCUGGGAGCCUCUGGUAGCAUCUCCCCUUCAGUGGUGUGUGUGGGGCUCUGUGGUACAGGGACUGUGUGGGGCUCUGUGAUAGUAUUGCGAGUGCUGUUGUCCAUCUGAUUAUAUGCUAAACGCUACUUAAAGCUCAACUGCUUUGUAAAGCCACAAACCAAAAUCCUCAUGUUUAGGAAUCCCACAAUGUCCCUCAAAAAUGAGUUCAAAUGGGGUUUGCAUCCAUGCUGAAAUAUUGACUGACCUUUGAACUGAAUAGAAUAACUAUACCUCGUCUCCUUGAUUCAAGUAGCUGAACACUCUUUGGUGUUGAGCUAGAACAAUAGCAAUUUAGCUGUUCUGUUUAUAAGUCUACACCUCAUUGAAAGCUAUGCCUCAUGGUUUUCUUUGAGUCCAAGCAGUCUGUCGUGAAGGAACAGUACAUGUCAAAGCUCCAAUUUUCUCAUUAAGACAUUGAUUGUUCUUUCUCAUCUCCUCUUCUCAACUGGCCCGGCCCAGCGCUGCUAAAGAUUGCAGUCAGAACACUUAAGAGAGGUAGUGGCAGCAAAGUUAGCGGGCCAUUGAUUCAGGCGGUGUCCCAAACGGCACUAUAUUUCCUUUAUAGUGACCUACUUUUACCCAUUGCGCUGAAUAGGUAGUAGGGUUUCAUUUGGGAUGCGGCCUUGCACUCUCAUCUAAUAGAAAGAUCAAUGAUGUAUCACAUCUGCAGAUGAGGCCUCCAGUCUGUGAUCACUGGUGUGUUGUCAGCACUUUUCCCACUGAUCUGCUACUUCCCUUUCAGGAGCUAGUUAAGAACACAACAGUCAGAAGAAUAGAGUAGGGGAAUACCUGUGGUUGUUUCGUGCAAUAGAAUUCCAACUCUGUUGUGCAAAGAUGGGUGUAUCAGAAUAGUAGAGAGAAACCGUUUUGAAACAGAGACCAAGGCCUGUGUUCACAAAUAAUCUCAAAGUAGAAUCAGGUCCCCCAUGUCCAUGUAAUCUUAUUCAUUGUGAUCUAAAAGGAUAAAACUGAUUCUGAAUCAGCACUACUACUGAGAAACACUUGAUAAAAAUGCCCCCUGAACUGUCCCUGUUUGUUCCAAUGGAGGCUGCGGGGUGGAGCCUACACCUGUUUGUGGAUUCCAGUGUUCCUGUUAGACAGUAUGUGGUCUCUGUCAGUGUUCCUGUUAGACAGUAUGUGGUCUCUGUCAGUGUUCCUGUUAGACAGUAUGUGGUCUCUGUCAGUGUUCCUGUUAGACAGUAUGUGGUCUCUGUCAGUGUUCCUGUUAGACAGUAUGUGGUCUCUGUCAGUGUUCCUGUUAGACAGUAUGUGGUCUCUGUCAGUGUUCCUGUUAGACAGUAUGUGGUCUCUGUCAGUGUUCCUGUUAGACAGUAUGUGGUCUCUGUCAGUGUUCCUGUUAGACAGUAUGUGGUCUCUGUCAGUGUUCCUGUUAGACAGUAUGUGGUCUCUGUCAGUGUUCCUGUUAGACAGUAUGUGGUCCUUACCAGUGUUCCUGUUAGACAGUAUGUGGUCUCUGUCAGUGUUCCUGUUAGACAGUAUGUGGUCCUUACCAGUGUUCCUGGCAGAAACCAUAGCUCUGAUGCUGGGACAGAGAGAGGGACAGGAGAGACCUGUAACACCAGCCAAGCCUCAGGAUCCUC